CGCGGCCAUAGAGCUUGCCAGCGUGAAUGUUACUCGAGGCUUCUAUACUCCUUCGCUUAAAUAGCGCCAACAAGACAUCUGCUUCUCUAAUAGGCCCAAAAUGAGAUCCCCCACAGUAGCCGAACUCAUUCGUCUCGCAAACGAUUCGGAGCGACAAGACUAUCUUGAAGGAAGAUGGGACGUCUGCCAAACUCUCAAAGACCCCUUCCUCGGUACGACAGGGGCGUCGUCUCGCGUAGAUCUGUCCCAAGCCACAUGGGCCGUAGAUUUCCUCGUGGAAGAAGCACAAGAGGCUUUACGCAAACAGUCCAUCGGGCUCAGCAGGCAGUUGACAACUGCCUUGAAGGAAAAAGACUACGGCGAAGCUGCAAGGCUAUCUGGUUGGCUCGCGACAGAUUUGGCUCUGGACACGGGCACCGACAAAAGGCCUUCAAGCAGCUGCGAAGAUAACAGCGACACAGGACGAGGGACCGCCACUCCAACCGAGGCUUCUGGUCCCAAGAAUGAGAACGAGGGAGACAACAAUGAGACGACUCAGAACUACCCUCACAAGCAGUAUCUCAUCACACAUCCUUCAUUUGAGCCAAGGUCUCUUUUCGCUCUGGACGAUCCCAGUGUCCAGAGACCCGACAUCAAUCGAGGAGAAAUCGUCACCGAGCUGGGCGGGCAAUGGGGGAAAGGGUUCACAUCUUCAGGCAUCUCCAUGACCUCAAAGGGGAACGGAGCAGAAUCUUUCCUUGUCAGCGAGGGGCAACCGGACGAAUACUGGUCAAUCCGACCGACGUCUGUCAAUGAGCUUGAUGCAGGCUACACUGGAGAUGACCGUCCUCCUGCUCCCAGUUAUCGACCUGGAGAAUGGGUGUCUGGAAGAAAUGACGAUGAGCUCACGUACGUGCGUGUUGAAUCAGACGGGACCGUCGGAUCGCGACCUGACAAUCACCCUCUUGGACCGAGGACUGGGGAGAGCAGCUCCCGACUGGCCCCAUUCGCAGCUUUGGGCUUGGGCGAUCUAUUGCCCGACACGAAGAGGACAGCCGCUACUACCCGAAGCGGUCGAGGUGAUGCCUUCCAUUCAUCGCGAAUCCCCUCAAAGCCAAACAGGUCCGAGUACAGUCGAUGAGACGUACUUUUCAUGACUCGACCUGACCUUGAGACUGCGAGUGGCUCAUCGCCGUCCAGAGUCCGGUCAUAGCAAGAGCAAAGAAAGUAAGAAAGAUCUCAGAUGAGGCAAGAUGAUGAUCUCCAAGUCCUCCAUGCUCGCACCAAAUCAAUCACCCUCUAUUCCAAUCCUUGUGCACAGGGUCGUCUGAAUCCGUCCAAAUCUGAUCGUAGCGUGCGCUAUAGAAGUCGGUCCGCGUCAAAUGCAUGAUCAG